GGAUACACUUCUUGUUGCAAUUGUUGUUGUUGUUGAAGUUGGUAAGGAUUUAGUCAGUUUUAUCUAUAUACUUUUUAUCUUGAUGAGUUAAGAACCAGGAAGCUCUACAUCUUGAAGCAAAUGUGUUGCUUUAAUCAGUGGAGUUAUUCAUUUCAAAGGGAGUGAAAAGCAGUGAAGAUGGAAUCAGCAGCAGCAGUGUUGUUGGUGACAGAUUCAACGAGUCUACCGGGCAGGGUGGUCACAUGGGCUAUUCAGGCAUUCCAAGACAAAGCUGAUGAGGGCAACAAAUUGUGUGUACUAACACAGGCCAAUCUGCUAGGGGAAAAGUUACAGUUCGAAUCUUCCUCCUUGGAUGUUGUGGUUUAUAUCUCAGAGAGGAAUAAAUUUGAUAAAUUGAAUUGGUUAGUGGAGUUAGCGAGAGUUGCAAAACAAGGGGGCCUUGUGUUCAUACAGACUCUUGUUGCUGAGGAGUAUCAAAUAGCACAAAUGCAUGCCAGCCUGGAACGAGAUCUUCUUCUGGCAGGUUUUAUAGCACCAGAGGUUGUCAAUUCUGUGGAAGGACAAUGUUCAUCUGACGGGCUUCAGUCAUUUAUGAUGAAAGCACAAAAGCCCACUUGGAAGACAGGGUCGACCUUUUCCCUCAAAAAGAAGUCUCUGAUAGAAUCAUACAGUUUACCAAAACCUGACAUAACAGGUCUAAAGUUGGAAACAAUAGACGAUUUGGAGGAUCUCAUAGAUGAGGACAGUCUUCUGUCUGAAGAAGACUUGAAAAGACCAGUCUUGCCCACUGUUAGUGACUGUGAAGUUGGUACAAAGAGGAAAGCAUGCAAAAAUUGUACCUGCGGACGAGCUGAGAUUGAAGGAAAACAAGAGAAGUUAGGUCUGACUGCAGAUCAGUUGAACAAUCCUCAAUCUGCCUGUGGAAGUUGUGGACUCGGAGAUGCAUUUCGGUGCGGUGGCUGCCCGUACAAAGGACUUCCUCCUUUCAAACUUGGAGAGACGGUAGCUCUUCCUGGCACACUCCUGACUGCUGAUGUGUGAGAAAAGUAAGGCCACAAGGUGCAAGGACUUAAUAAUCAAGUUUAAAAAACUUUCUAUAUCUAUACUGAAUAUAAUUUGAGUGUGUACCACAAUUCUGGUGUUAAAGUGUUAGAUAUUGUAAAUUUCUACAUACUGGGGCGUGCAGUGUGACAAAGCUAGAAAUGGAAGGAAUUUGAAUUUUCAAUAUCAUUAUCCUUUCAAAGGAUGAAAAAUUGAAAUAGAUCUUGAUCAUAUCUCAAAAGCCA